AUGGUGGCUAGCGAGAGCAACGAAAUCGAGUCGAGGGUAGCUCGUAUCGAGCAGUUGCUACAAGCCUAUCUGCCCGGGAUGCUACCCAGAUCUGAAUCUCCCAGCCCGCCUGACCGUUCGACGUCAAGUCGCACCUAUCGAUCUUCAACGUCUCGAGCCCGCAGCAGGUCUCUAGAACGUGGAGACCUUCGCGGAAGACUGAGUCCCGAGACGGGUUUGUACAAUGGUGGGCCCACCAGCCACAUCACGUCGAUACUCAACCGCCUUCCUGGUGAUCCACCCGCAACCACACGAGCCAAUUUACCCAUUCGCAGCACCGAAGCUUCCUCGGACAUUGAUGAGGUUAUGAGCAAGUUCGGUCAACCUUGGCCUACGUCAUCCGAGCUGCUUAGCGCACUCAUCAGUCGCGAGCAUUGCGAGGUGCUGCUAGGGCAUUACUUUGACGCUAUCGAUUGGAUCUACCAGCCAAUGCCGCAUGUCCGUGUGCCGAGGGGUCUCAAGCGCUUUUGGGAUGCAGAACCACAGAUCAGCGUCCAGAGCAUCAACAUCUUUGCGGCACUCUGCUGUGUGUGUGCGAUUGCUACACUUUCGGUACAACAUGCACUAUUCCCCGAACAGCAGGCAGAGCGAUUGCAGAUAGCCAGACGAUUCCAUUAUGCGGGCAGACAAGCGCUCUCAAUGAGCUCGUUGAUUGGCCGUGAGGAUCUUGACCAGAUCUUGGCCUGGGUGCUUUCGUGCCACUUCCUCAUCUUGGACCGUCAUCUCGGAGAAGCUGUUGCAGAGGGCGCAUCCUUGGUUCGUGCCGCCUUUUCCCUCGGUCUGCAUCGAGAUGGGACCAAGCUGGGGCUUGCAGCCGUUGAAGUGGAGUUCCGCCGAAGGGCGUGGGCAGCAGUGUACUGCUUGGAUCGAGCGAUGGCUAUCGGCACGUUACGGCCUUCGUUGGUCGACGAACGCUUCUGCGACACGCAACCGGUAAACGAUCUAGCUGCUGCAGAUGAGCCUUUGCCCAGAGAUGCUCAAGCGGAGCCAGAUGACCUUGCGCACCCGCCGACGACGUAUACACUCACUUUAUAUCGUUGCGAGCUGGCAAGACUUGAAGGUGAAGUAUCCACAAUGCUCCAGACACUUGGGAGUCCGGUGACUGUAGACUGCGUCUUGGCAAUGGAUCGACGAAUUGUCCACUUCCAGAACUCGCUACCGUCGUACUUUCAGGCCCAAUUCACUCAGCACGGGUUGCAGUACGACAAAUCUUUGGACCCUAGGAAAGAAUUCCUCCCGACACAUCGAUAUCUCAUCCACACGAGCAUCGACGGUCUACGUGUGGCACUGCUUCGACCGUAUCUGCUGCGAGCCACCGAGGUCAGCGAGGCAAGUGAUACCAGGUUUGCGUCGUGCAGAGCGAAAUGCGUGGAAGCCGCACUGCACCACGCCGAAAUUCUGCGCGAUAGCUUGCGCGAGCUGAGGGCAAGUACGGCGAGCACGGCUCUGCUGCAGGCCUGGCGUGUGCACAUCGGAACGCAGAGGUGGUUUCAAUCGCUUCUCAUCUGCGGACUGGGACUGGUAAUGGAUCCAGACGGGCCCGACGCGGCGCGACUCAAGUCUCAUCUGGAGUAUUAUCUGGAAGUGUACUACAGCGGUUGGUUCGUUGCCAAGGACGAAAUGUGCGAGCGCGAGGCGGUGAUCCUCAAGCUCUUCCUCUCACGACUAGAGCAGGCGGAGGGGAACGGAAGGUGCAUGAAGGGGGCAGAUGCACCGCCGGGCGAGGCGGAACGUGCUAGCGACUUUGCUACUCUGAAUGGGGGCGAGACAAGGCUGGAGACAUUCAGUGGGAUCCUUGGCAACGCUGAUUCCAGCAGCCUACCAAAUGCAGAGAUCGAUCCGGCUUACUGGCAGAAUCUCAUCGACAAGAUCCUUGGCUGA